AUGUUGGUCCCAGUGAAAACAGUUGCUCUUGGUGAACCAGCAACUUUUACAUGCCAAUUUCCUGGUAAUAAGCUGAGCAACAAUGAAGUCCAGUGGUACAAACAGACUACAGGGGAUACUCUUGCAUUGAUUGUGAAGCUGCGGAAGCAUGCAGAUCCUGCAUUUGGGCAGGAAUUUUCUUCCUCAAGAAUGACUGCAUCAAAAAAUGAGACUGUUAGCAGACUGACAAUACUGAGAACAGUUCCAGAAGAUGAAGGGAUGUAUCACUGUGCUACCAUCGAUUGGGCAGAAAACGAAUGGCAGGGGACCUAUUUGUAUUUAAAAGAAAACGCUGAGAGGACAUCAAAGCAUACUAUCGUUCAACAGCUGACGGCAGCAGAUUCGCACCUUCCAGGAGAUUCUGUGACUCUACAGUGUUCGGUCCUCUCUAAUUCUGACAAGAUGUGUCCAGAAGACCUCAGUGUAUUCUGGUUCAGAGCCAGAUCACACAACUCCCAUCCACACAUCAUUUAUGUAGAUGGAAACAAGCAUGAUGACUGCAAUAAGAGAAAUGACUCUCAGAGGAGAUGUGCAUUUUCUAAAAACAUCAGCUCCACUGACAACGGUACUUACUACUGCGCUGUGGCCACAUGUGGAGAAAUAUUUAUUGGAAAUGGAACAAAAGCCAAAGUUCAAGGGUUCAACUUGUGGUUCCAAGAUAUCAACACAGCUUUUCUUCCAUUCUGCGUGGUUUUAGCUUUAAGUCUUAUUUCAACAGUUGUGCUGAUAUUCUCCAUUAGCACAAGCAAGAAUAUGGACAACAAAGCUGGUGUUGACCUACGCAAGUACUAUGGUCGUGAGAAAAGACGACAGGGGGGUGAAUAUGGACAGUUGUACUCUGUGGUUGUCUUCAGCAUAAGAAACCAGGAAGUGGAUCCCUGA